AUGACGGAACUUCUGUUGGAUCCAGCCAUUCGUACGUGGGUAUUUUUACCGGUUAUUUUGAUAACGUUCUUGGUGGGUGUGUUACGGCAUUAUGUGGCGUUGAUGUUCACUUCGAAGAAGAAACUUGAGCUGCAGCAAGUUCAAGACAGGUGA